CCUGCUGCCACUAUAUAAGCUGUACAGCUUCGCAGUUCAGCAUCUCUCGCUGUAAAGAUGAAGUCUCUCCUCGGUGCAUUAGUCUCUUUUGCUUUGUUAACUGCCCUACAUGCUGCAGAAGAACAGAAUGUUCCAUCAGAAAAGCCUACUAAUGCCUGUUCUAUAAAAAUGAAGACUGGAGGCAAAUGUGAUGAAGAUGGCAAUUGUCCCUACCAGGUAACUCUGCCUCCUAUGACUAUUCAGCUCCCUAAGCAGUUUCAGCUGCUUGAAAAAACUCUCAAAGAAGUACAAAGCCUGAAAGAAAUGGUAAGUAACCUGAAGAAAUCAUGCCAGGACUGCAAACUGCAGGCAGAUGACAAUCUGGAGAAGGAUAAGGAUGAGGUGCCAAAUGAGGGCCAGAUUAAUCAAAUACAAGAUCUGCAGUCUAAGGUUAAGAAAAUGUCUAUUAGUCUGAAGAACGCUCGAUCUCAAAUAAACACCUUGCAGGGUCAGCUGGAGAAGAUGAACUCAGUCAGUAUGAACAAUGUGGAAGAAUAUAUUGACAGUAAGGUGGCCAAUUUAUCAAGCGAAAUGAACAGCUGGGACAAAUGCUCAUAUAAUUGUCCACUACUUAAGCCGAAUACAAGCAUGCAGUUUAUCUACAAAGACUGCGCUGAUUACUUCAAGCUAGGCAAAAGGCUUAAUGGGGUUUACCACAUCAUGCCAGAUCCAAAGAACAAAACAUUUGACGUGUACUGUGAUAUGGAGUCCAUGGGUGGAGGAUGGACAUUGGUGCAGAGUCGUCAGGAUGGCAGUAUAAAUUUUAACAGGACAUGGAAUGAAUAUAAAAAUGGUUUUGGUAACCUUACUGGAGAGUUUUGGCUGGGUAAUGAUAAGAUACAUCUGUUGACCAAAAGCAGCAACAUGAUGCUGAGAAUUGAACUUGAGGACUUUAAGGGUGUGAAGGAACAUGCCACAUAUGACCAGUUCUAUGUGGCCAAUGAAUACCUUAAAUAUCGAUUGUCAGUCAGUGGCUACAGUGGAACCGCAGGUGAUGCCCUCCUCUUCAGCAAGCAGUACAGCCAUGACCAAAAAUCCUUUACAACACCAGACAAAGAUAAUGACAGAUAUCCAUCCGGAAACUGUGGGGCUUACUACAGCUCUGGAUGGUGGUUUGAUGCAUGCAUGUCAGCCAAUCUAAAUGGCAAGUACUAUAGGAGUGACUACAAGGGAGUGCGCAAUGGAAUUUUCUGGGGUACAUGGAAAGGUGUGGAUGAGGAACAUAUCAGCAGCUUCAGGCAAGCCUUUAAAAAUGUCAGAAUGAUGAUCAGACCAAAAGACUUCUCAUCAUCAUAAGCUUUUUUUCUAGUUUUAGCCAGAGUGGGGAAGGGUUACUGAUAUUGUCUCUGUUGGGAAGAUUUGCUCCCAUUUUAGGUCUCG